AAAUUUAAACACGAGUUAAUAAUAUGUAUAUUUAUAACGUUACUCAGCGAUGACGUGUUUCAAUACGUAGCUGUCGUAAAGUCGUCCGUUCACUUUCCGGCAGCUGUGAGCACGUGUCUACUGUUGAACUCUUCACGCGUCUGAAACACCACACGGUUGCCAUGGCGAAGAGUCUGCGCAGUAAAUGGAAGAGGAAGAUGAGAGCGGAGAAGAGGAAGAAGAACGCUCCGAAAGAGCUGGCUCGACUGAAAGCGGCUCUGGGUCAGGAGGGGAAAGGGGACAUCAGCAUGGAGGACGUGUGUGAGACGGCCAGCGUGGUUCCUGCCCACACACUGAAGGCCAGAGCGCGGACUGGACGGCUGCAGGACGUGGAGAUGAGCGGAGAGAACAGCGCAGAGAAGACCGGAGAACAGAGUGACAUGGGGAAGAUGGAGAUGGACAGUGUGAGGAAGAAGGGAACCCUGCUGAAUGAACAUGGACAGUAUCCCGUGUGGAUGAGUCAGAGAAAGGCCAAGAAACUCAAACACCAGCGACUGGCCAAGAAAACGGGUCAGAAGAAGAAGAAGGGUGUGGCCUGGUAGAUACACACCGCUGUGUGUGUGUUAUGUACAGUUUAUGGACUGAUUAGAGUGUGUAUGAUGUGCUGAUGCUGAACUGAGUGCUGCAGGGUGUGUGUGUGUGUUUUCUUUUUCUCUGUAAAUCAGUUUUCAUUGAUUAAAUCCCAAUAUUCUCCA